UCGAGUCGCUGUCAGAAGCAGAUGAAGGCGCUUUGAUGGAUGCUCGGCUCUAACGGCGAGGAAGAGGAAGAGGAAGAGGAGCUCCGCCAUGUCUUCUCCUCAUGGCUACAUGUAACGCUGCUUCGGAGCUGGACGUCGGUGAGAGUUGGUCCAACUAUUUCCGUCCGUCCCGGGCUCGGUGUUGUGUUGCCCUGAGCUAUGGAGAGCACGAUAUGUGAUCUGUGAGCGUGAGGAGCUUCUUUGGAGUCUUAUCAUUCUACUGAAACUUCACCCGGAAGGACAAGCCUUAACUGGGCUCGUGAAGGGGCCUCUGAGGGCCCACAUCAGCAUGGUGAACAGCCAGGCGUCGGGCGUCGCGCCGGCCCCUAGGGCCUGUGCAGGAUGUGGGGGCAAGAUCGCCGACCGCUUCCUGCUCUUCUCGAUGGAGCGCUACUGGCACACACGCUGCCUCAAGUGCUCUUGCUGCCAAGCCCAGUUGGGGGACAUUGGCACCACCUGCUACAGCAAAGGGGGCAUGAUUCUGUGCCGGAGCGACUACAUCAGGCUGUUUGGGCACAGCGGGGCGUGCAGCGCCUGCGGACAGUCGAUCCCCGCCAAUGAGAUGGUGAUGAGGGCGCUGGGCAAUGUUUACCACCUCAAGUGUUUCAGCUGUGCCACCUGUAGAAACAGACUGAUGCCCGGCGACCGCUUCCACUACAUCAACAGUACGAUCUUCUGUGAGCACGACAGACCUGGUGCUGUCCUGCUCAACAGCCACCUGCCUCCUCUUCAGAGCAGCUCUGUGCUGGCAGACCAGAAGGUAUGCUGAGGGGCAGAAGUAGCACGCCUCUCACGCUGAGCGCCACUUCUCUUCAGUGCGCUCGUCUCCUGCUUCUGUACUUGUGGAUUUUUCAUCACUGCCCGGCCUCUCCUCUCGAGGGAGGACGCAGUUUGUCACCAAGAUCCCUGUCCGGCAUAUCAGAGACUAAAUGCUGCGUACAAAACUCCAUUCAUAUUUGGUUCUCAGUUAAAGUGGUGUGUACAUCAUCAAAUGUUUUCAGUACAAGUGCACUUCACUAGCUAAAGGCUUCUUGGGGACCAAAAGAAAGCUGUGGUAAAUCAAUGAGGAUGAAAGUGCCACCUGGAAGAGGAACUGACUGAUGCUUGACUGGACGAGAGACUGUCUUCCGUACAGUGACUUUCCCCAGAGACUCUCUCUCAAGUGUAUGUUACCGUGAGAUCUUGCACACUGGAGAAGAGUUAUAAAUUGGUAUGGAAGUGUUCAGUCGUGGGAAACCUUAAAGUGAGAUUCAAACCCACAGCAGAGACUUUUUAAACACAAAUUUACAUUUCUUUUAAUGUUGCUGUAUUGCCGCUUUUUCAGACGCCUUGGACAGGAAGUGAAAAGAUCUGUUUUUUGUUAGCUUUCUUCAUCACAUACCUGUUCAAUGUGUGAAAACAAAUUGUGGAGUUCUUAACAAAAAUGCUAUUAAAAUGACAUUCCUGUAACAUGGAA